AUGGAAAGAGGGAGAGGAGGAGGAGGAGGAGGAGGAAGGAACCUGGGAGGCUCUGGCCUGCACAGGAGCAUUUAUUCCCAGUCCCAGCAGCAGUACCAUUACCCGGCCUCCUCCCAGGGGGCCUGCAUGGAGAUCCAGGAGCUGGCCUCCAAGAGGGUGGACAUCCAGAAAAAGCGAUUUUAUCUGGAUGUGAAACAGAGCUCCCGAGGCCGCUUCCUGAAGAUUGCUGAGGUCUGGAUAGGAAGAGGCAGGCAGGACAAUAUCAGGAAAAGCAAGCUGACCCUCUCCUUGUCCGUGGCUGCCGAGCUGAAAGACUGCCUGGGGGACUUCAUCGAGCACUAUGCCCACUUGGGUCUGAAAGGCGGCCACAGUCACCGGCACGAGCACAACAAUGGCAAAGAGCAGCAUCCCCGGAGGCGACAGCAACACCCACCGCCUUCGCCUCCAGUGUCCGUUGGCUCUGAAGAGCACCCUCACAGCGUCCUCAAAACGGAGUACAUCGAGAGGGACAACCGAAAGUAUUACCUGGACCUGAAGGAGAAUCAACGAGGGCGCUUCUUGCGGAUUAGACAAACCAUGAGUAGGGGACCUGGCAUGAUGGGUUAUUUUGGCCACAGCUUGGGACAGGAGCAGACGAUCGUCCUUCCAGCGCAAGGGAUGAUUGAGUUCAGGGAUGCUUUGGUCCAGCUGAUUGAAGAAUAUGGCGAGGGGGACAUAGAGGAUCGCCGGGGGGGAGGCGAUGAGCCCCCGGAGCUUCCCGAGGGCACCUCCUUCCGAGUGGACAACAAGCGCUUCUACUUCGACGUGGGAUCCAACAGGUAUGGCAUUUUCCUGAAGGUAAGUGAGGUGAGGCCACCCUACCGUAACACCAUCACGGUUCCAUACAAAGCAUGGACACGGUUUGGGGAAAAUUUUAUCAAGUACGAAGAAGAGAUGAGGAGAAUUUACAACAGCCAUAAAGAAAAAAGAAUGGAUGCCAGAGGGGACAGUGGUGAAGAGCAAGAGGGUCUCGAAUAGAGUGCAUUGGACUGGCCAUCUGGCAAAACAAACAAAACAAGCAGAAAUUGGUG